AUGGAGAGGGGUCAGAAGCUGGUGGUGCUCUCCCUUGUAGGGGCAUUGUUGGCGGUGACGGUGGUGGCGACCAUGGAGGAGGACGAGAAGGACUGCGCGGACCAAUUAACGAACCUCGCCUCCUGCAUUCCCUUCGUGAGCGGCGACGCCAAGAAGCCGACGCCGGAGUGCUGUGAGGACACCAAGAAAGUGAGGGCUGCUAAGCCAAAGUGCCUGUGUGUUCUCAUCAAGGAGAGCACUGACUCCUCCAUGGGCCUCCCUGUGAACACCACUUUGGCUCUUCAAAUGCCAGCAGCUUGCAAUAUUGAUGCAAAAGUCUCUGAUUGCCCCUCUCUACUGAAGCUCCCGCCAAAUUCACCAGACGCAAAGAUCUUCAAAGAAGCAGACGCAGGUUCAAGCACAAGCUCAGCAACAGGUUCACCACCAGCUUCUGCUUCUACAUCAACUUCGUCUCCUGGAUCAUCAAAAUCUUCAUCUUCUUCCCCAGAAACUGGUUCGAGCUCCAACUCGAAGGCAAGUACCAGCGGCAAUGGUGGAGUGAAGUUGAGUGGAAGGUUGUUACUAUUGAUGAGUUUGGCUUCAACUGCAUUGAUGUUAAUUUGA